CUUAGGCAGCUUUUUAUUCCUGUACAGUUGCUGGGACAAAAGGGAAGACUGGGGUAAGGGGAAGGUACGGGGUGGUUUCUGAUUGGUGCUGGCUCUCACUAGGGUUCAGGGGCAGUCAUUUGUUACCUUCUCUCUGCCAGGUCAUCCUGGACUCCUUGUUUCUGGGUUCUGGGAGCUGCUGUUCUCCCAUUGUUUCUAGGUUCUGGGGGUCGGUCUCCCACUGAGUUUAACUAACAGCUAAGUUCCCACAGUACAGUUUAAAAACUUAAUCUUACAGGGACCAGCUUCAAAAAUUGAGCUCUCUUCUCUACAUGCACACCAUGGCAAGGAAGCACGUGCAUGCAUACUCAUACAUACAUACAUACACACACACAUAAAAGCACUUUUAAAUGUAUUUACUAAGAACUAUCAUACAACCCAGCAAUCUGUUACGGGGUAUUUAUCUAGUAGGCUAACAGAAAGGCUAAAAAUACCUCCUAUCGCCAGGAGUAUGGUACUUCUUUUAGAAUCGUUAGUCACUAAAGUCCCAACUUUACAAGCUAGUAUUGGUGCUCGUGGCUACCCCUCCAGUCUUGAUGGUAAGACCCUAUUGCUGAAGAUGCCACAUACCUGAGUCAUAGGACAUGAAGAAAUUGAGCUGGUACUACUGAUCUAGAAGCUUCAUCUCUACUGGCUAGCUUUCAUAGGAAGGUACUAAGCAUGCUCCUAGAGGGCUGAGGAAGUUGUAUUUAGGGGUGUGUGUGUGUGUGUGUGUGUGUGUGAGAGAGAGAGAGAGAGAGAGAGAGAGAGAGAGAAUGACACCAUGAAUUCCCAGAGGGAGGAAAGAGAAGAGGGAAAUGAUGCAAUCAUCCUAAAAUUUUUAAAGUAAUCUUCCUUCUCUCUCCCCAUAAAAGUGUCCACCCCUUACAAUACCUCUAGCCUUCUAUGUUUGAGUUAAGGCUCCAGGCCUUAGAAGCCAGAGACUUUUGGCUCCAGGUGUGCUUGCUGCCCCUCUUGGGUCCAACUGCCAGCAGCCUGGCACUCUGCAUCCUGUGAAACUCUCUGCUCUUAAGUAACAGCAACAGUACGUAGCGGUUAGUGCCAGCUAGCAUUAGGGUCCUCAAGAACUUCCUGUUGAGACUUCCCACUCCUACCCGACAUUGACAACGAAAUUGCAGCUCUGAAGCAAGACAGACCUGGAGAAUCAGGGCCCUUGGUCCUGAGGGGUGGGUGGGCAGCUCCAGUGAUCGCAGAGCCUCUAGUUUUUCACUUUUUAUACCCUUCCGCCUUCCAACCCUGGCUUUCCGCCUCUGCCUUCCACCACUACCCUUCCCCUAUCACUCACCACUGGGCCUCAGGAGCUGCUGGUGGUUGCUCUCCUGCCUCAGCUGGCUGUUGUCACUGUUGUUUCCAGCUAAGCUGUCUGUGCCAUGAUAAAGAGCACAUGCAGGCAAGAAAAGACCAUUCGACGAAUCCUUUUUAUUAGACCUAACGUCGCAAUACCAUGGACACAGCAUGAAAAAAGUAGCCGAACCAUCUAUUUAUACAGCCUGGAGAAGGACAUGGUAAGGAUGCACCAUGUAAGUGAAGAACUGUAUUUGCGCUGACCCCCGCACAGCCUCCAGUUCCACGGCACUGGCCUUUUACUGCUUCCCCUCCUGACUUAAAUGAGAAGAGCUCCCAGGUCAUCUAACAACUACCUUGCUCUGAAGAUACUAUCUUCCAAAGCUGGCAAGGGUUGUCUGCCGUGGAGGUCGUGGCUGGAAGCAAGGCCUUCUGGAUCAGGGGUCAUUGCUUCAGCUGUCAUUUAUCCGUUCAGCUGGUGUGUGCCGCGGGGCUUUUAAGUGUACAGAGCAGGGUGCUGUUUAAUGUCCUCCCAGCUCCAAGCUGCCAAGCUUAAGGAAAGGGCCUGUUGGAUAGACUCUAUCCAUUGCUACUCAAAGGUCUCACCAACCCACUCUUGGGAGUUUUGCUCACUCAUAGAGAAAGUUAAACCAAAAACUACCGUUUUCAACAAUGUUUAACAAUGUUCCAUCCUGCCCCAGCACCGUAGGUCGCUUAGUCUCUCUGUCUCAGCUCUAGCUAGUGGUAACCUAAUCUCUGCAACAAAGCAAGGCGUUCUGCCCCAUACUUGUGAUAGGCAGCCAGGGUACCAAUACUUGCCAUUGGAGGCGGUAUUUACGGUAACGGGAGCAGACUGCGCGGCAGCAUUUACGGUAACGGGGUGGGAGGGGCCGGGCUGGCCAAGGCCGAGCCGCUUGGUCAGCUCCGCCUGCUCGCGGCGCUCUCAGGUGCGAGCUCUGCGCCUGGGACUUUCGGAAGAUGCACAAUGGCCCCUCGGGACAGUGAGGGGCCGUGGUCCCCCGGCGGGACCCACCGCAGCCACGCCCCGCAGCCGGCAAACCGGGGUCCGAGUGCAGCGCUGCCUCCCUCGUCGGCGGGAGCCCCGGUCUGACCCACGGGGACUUGCCCGCGUCCUGAGCCCCGAUGGGCCUGUGUUACAGCCUGCGGCCGCUGCUCUUCGGGAGCUCGGGGGACACCCCCUGUGCGACCUCGGAGCCGCGCGUGGAGGAUGCUCAGCCCAGCGCCGCCCCGGCCCCGGCCCUGGCCCCGGCUCCGAUCCCAGCCCCGGCUCCGGUGGGGACCCUGCUCCGGCGUGGCGGCGGCCGGAUCCCCGCGAACGCGCGGCCACCAGGCGAGCUGCAGAGCCGCCGGCGACAGGAGCAGCUACGAGCCGAGGAGCGCGAGGCAGCUAAAGAGGCGAGGAAAGUAAGCCGGGGCAUCGACCGCAUGCUGCGCGAGCAGAAGCGCGACCUGCAGCAGACGCACCGGCUCCUACUGCUGGGGGCUGGUGAGUCUGGGAAAAGCACGAUCGUCAAACAGAUGAGGAUCCUGCACGUCAAUGGCUUCAACCCCGAGGAAAAGAAGCAGAAAAUCCUGGACAUCAGGAAAAAUGUCAAAGAUGCUAUUGUGACAAUCGUUUCAGCAAUGAGUACUAUAAUACCUCCAGUUCCACUGGCCAACCCUGAGAACCAGUUUCGGUCAGAUUAUAUCAAGAGCAUAGCCCCUAUCACCGACUUUGAAUAUUCCCAGGAGUUCUUUGAUCAUGUGAAGAAGCUGUGGGAUGACGAGGGGGUGAAGGCCUGCUUUGAGAGAUCCAACGAGUACCAGCUGAUUGACUGCGCACAAUACUUCCUGGAAAGGAUUGACAGCGUCAGUCUGGUUGACUACACGCCCACAGACCAGGACCUCCUCCGAUGCAGAGUGCUGACAUCGGGAAUCUUUGAGACACGAUUCCAAGUGGACAAAGUGAACUUUCAUAUGUUUGAUGUUGGAGGCCAGAGAGAUGAGAGAAGAAAAUGGAUCCAGUGUUUUAAUGAUGUCACUGCCAUCAUUUAUGUGGCAGCCUGCAGUAGCUACAACAUGGUGAUCCGGGAAGAUAACAACACCAACAGACUUCGGGAAUCACUGGACCUGUUUGAAAGCAUCUGGAAUAACAGGUGGUUACGAACCAUUUCUAUCAUCCUGUUCUUGAACAAACAAGAUAUGCUGGCAGAAAAAGUCUUGGCAGGGAAGUCAAAAAUUGAAGACUACUUCCCGGAGUAUGCCAACUAUACUGUCCCUGAAGACGCAACACCAGAUGCGGGAGAAGAUCCCAAAGUUACAAGAGCCAAGUUCUUUAUCCGGGAUCUGUUCUUGAGGAUCAGCACAGCCACAGGUGACGGCAAACAUUACUGCUACCCUCACUUCACCUGCGCCGUGGACACAGAGAACAUCCGCAGAGUGUUCAACGAUUGUCGUGACAUCAUCCAGAGGAUGCACCUCAAGCAGUACGAACUCUUGUGAGGGCUACCCACCCCCUCCUCCUCCUCCUCACUGCUGCCUCUCCUCCCUCUUGACAACCCCGUGGGGCAGUGUAUCUCCCUAGCCUGCGUGUCUGUCCACCCUGAGCCAUGGUAGGGCGUAGUGAGUGUCUAGUGUCAUCGGGCUGCUGUCUGUCCUGUCCUGGGUAUGCAUACAUGUGACCACCAAGCCUCUGGCUACCUCUGUUCCCCAAGGUUUGGUUCUGUGACUUUGUUUUCACAAAACAGUCUCUCCCACCACCAAUUUGUGUCACUGCAAAGCCACCAACUCUCACUUGGGUGAUACUGCAGUGGAUUUUCUCUGGGUGGGAAUCUAUUUAUUCUUUGAUCGAAUGGUUGAUGGGUUGAAUCAUCAGAGACAGCUUGGUGAAUGGGGGAAAUACAUUGUUUUCAAGUUAUCAAGCAUGAUUACAAAACUGUCCAGACAGUGCCAUGCACUUGGUUUUUCCCUUUAUAAAACGUCAGGCUACCAGGUGUCUGCCCCUUCUGGUCUGCAUUGGCCCAAGGCUUAGAGUAGACCCAAGUCAGUAGCGGAGCAAGGGGAACUUUUCCAGACACAAUUGCAAUGGCUCUAAGCCUUGGGCAUUUGGGUUAGAGCACUUCUUGGAGCCUUUUACACUUGGGCAGACAACCUGCCACAUUUAUUACUGCAAAUGGUGUCCUGUCUAUAAAAAAAAAAAAGGGGGGUCCUCUACACCUUCCUGCUAGCUGGGCAUAGUCCUUCCUCUCUUCUUUCUGUCAUUGCUUUACUGAACUGUACAGACCACAAGAUGUAAUGCUCUUUUCUAUGGCGACUCAAGAAUCCCCCUUGUAGAGUUCUGUGCCUUGGUGGUGGCCACACCUGUAAGGAGACAUGUCUCAGCUGUGUCCAGCCGCUUGUAGUCCACACAGCCUGCUGCUUCACAGUGGGGAAUCUGUGAAGUAGUACCUGUUCAUCUUAGGUUAUCUUUAUCAGGAUGGUACUUAGGGAAGACUCGUUGAUUUUUAGGAUCACCCACUUUACCAGCAGUAUCAUCCAGACACUGAAACUAACACAGCUACCCGCUUUCACUGCCCCGAACCUCAGCUGCUGCAAAUACUGGGAUGACCCACUUCCAAGGCAUAAAUUACAAUCAACUCUUUUUUUUCAGGGUACUAAGGGGUUUUUUCCCUCCCUCUCAAGAUGAAAUGUUUCUGAUGGCCCCCUCAAAUUCUGUAGGCAGGAGCAGGCCAACCAUCCUUUAGUUAAGUUCUAGACACGGUCCACCAAACAAGAAGUCAUUGGUCAGAGGAAAGCACAGUGAUAUCAAUGUUGUAUAUGGCUGAGGACAAAAGGAUGGCAUCUUCUGAAGAUGAAAACUACAAAGCUACUUAUUUCUCAUCUGUCUUUCUAUCUGCAUUGCUAGGGAUGCGCCCAGCACCUAGAGCAUGCUAGGCAAGAGCUCUACUGCUAGUUCAUAUCCCCAGUCAUAACUCUAGCCCCCACAAAAACCUUUAUUUUAAAUAUAAAGACAAAAUAAAUGGCUGUUCCUCACAUGUGUAAGAUCUGCAGAUGCAACCUUGAGUUAUGGUAGGACACCUGGAAAACAACACGGCUCACUCUGUCUAAGCCUGAGGCUUUGGGGUGGGGGGGACGUCAUUCUCUUAGGCUUAAAGUUAUCUGUAAAGAUGUCCAACAUUAAGUUUUAACAGUACAGAUAGGAAGGGGUGACAGCCUGCAUUGCUCAUCCAUCUCCUUACUGUUGCUUCAAGUUUAUUCCAUAAGCCUGCAUUGUAGGAAACUCUAAAAACUCAUCCUAGCUGAGAUGCUCUUCCACGAAAGGAUUCAGCACAUUCCUCAGUUCCCCAUCACGGUCUUCUUGUGCCAUUUGCUACCACUGCAUAAAACUUCCGUCUGAAGCCAGGUGAUGAGGGUGCACACCUUUAAUCUCAGCACUCGGGAAACAGAGGCAGGCACAUCCCUGAGUUCGAGGCCAGCCUAGUCUACAGAGUGAGUUCCAGGACAACUAGGGCUGCACAGAGAAACCCUGUCUCAAACAAAACAAACAAACAUCAUCUGAACCAACACAUGAAAUGACAGUGACUUUCAGUUCCCCUGCACUCUCAAAGCAAAGCGAGAAGAAAAACUUGCACACACACACACACACACACACACACACACACACACACGUGAGGUUUUUAUACUAUAGUGUGCAUUACUAUUCAACAGUUCCCUGCUCGCUAAACAACUAUUGAAAAGUUUUGUUGGGGCUGAAUGCGUAACUCUGAAUGUAAGCACGUGCUUAGCAUGCGCGAGACCUCAGCUCAAUCAAACGAAAAGAAAUAUAAUGUUAAACCAUUAGAAAAGAUCCAGACUCCUUAAGUAAGAAAAAGAAUGUGCUUUAUCUGACAGAAUUAUUACACCACUUGUUCUUUAAUUCAAACAUCCAUGUCCUCCCCAAUUUUUUUUCAAAUUUUAAUCAUGAGCAGGCAUUGAAUUCAGAUGUGAUAACAUGGUCUCCUGGAAAGAAAAUUACACGUACCUAAAAAUCUAAUUCUGUUAACACAAGAAAACAAGAGCCUUUAUUUAGUCCUACUCAUUGAGUCUGUACUUUUGAGCAUAUAACUUCAUGAUCUAUAAGGAACUGAGAGCCGCUUCAUAGAAGAACAGAGAAAAACCAAAUUUUCCGAGCACACACAGCCAUGAGUGUGCACCAAAGCUGCUGGGUCCUUUCUGUGGAAGAAGGGGCUGUGUGUCACGUGUUCGAGUGGUAGUGUCCAUGACAUUUACAUUCUUUACAGAUGGAGCCUUUGAUUAUACAUGUAUUUCAUAAAAUGAAAAGAUGAAUUUGUUGCAGAGUACAUGUUCCAUUUUUGUAUCGUGAGAACAGUACAGUCAACCAUUAAUUCUGUAGUCUCUGGCAUUGAAGAUUCAGAAUCCCCACAAUGUAUGUAGGAAACAAGCAACAUUUGCUCUCCUCCGUGACUCAUAGGAGCCCCGCUGGAAGUCCUAUGUCUUUGGCUUUGAUUCAUAUUACCAUAUGCAACAGUCAUCGGCUCUUCAUCUCCUCAUGCGCAACCUGCACAGUUUCCAACCACACAGAAGAAGUGAGGGCAGAUGCUCAAAGUGAACUAAGGUGAGGAUCAUGAGGAAGCCAGCCGCUGCACCGUACGUGGUCAGCACCGUGUCCUCAAAUGGGAGGUAGCACUUGGAGAGAGCGUAAUCUCUGGAUGUCAGGCUGCCCUGGGGGAGAAAUAGAAAGUUUAUGCUGCUGGGUAAGUGCCAGGAGUUAAGUCUGACCUAGAGGCUGUCUUCUAGGUUCCCUCAUGUGAGUUUGGGAGGGAGGAGCCCUCUUUACCCAGGACCAAGGGGCUUCAAGCAUAAGUCACCCCUGACCACAUAAGUACUGACAAAAGAAAGGAGCCAAACAUAUGGCUCGGGAAGGUCUAGUAUGCUGACCCCUCCAUUAAAAUGCAUUCUGCACACAAUAAGGCAGCCCUAGAGGAAGACCCAGAAGCAUCAGAGGAACGAAGGGAUGAGCGUUUCCCUCCCAUUGAAUAGCAGAGCAGUCACCCUGUUGCCCAGAAGUGCCUCUGCACCUCCAUAGGCUCUUCCUUGAAGGCUGUGUGGGAUCAAGGUAGCAAAUGUUUUCACCUACUUGAACUUGAAAGCACAAAGGGUCCCCACCUUUUUAUAGCUGGGCCUAUGAAACAGUAGCCUAAGACUGGGUGCCAGAACCUAUGGAAACAAAGAUGGUGUUUCACCACAUCCACACCUUUUACAAACUCGGGGAUUCUGUCCUGCCACGUGCCUGGCACGCUUAGACAAUGAGAGAUAAUGAAGUCUGCCACUGAGUAGACAACUGUUUCCUUCGAAACAGACUGGCACUUGCUGGACUCUGCCUCUGUUCCUCAGAGUCUCAGCCUUGAAGCCACAUUCUGCCUAUUUGUCCUCAGACAGACGACGAGAGACAGGUGGGUGUACCCACCCAGAGUGCAAAGAGAGCGAUUUAUUUCUGGCUUUUGUGUGUUUUUUACAGAUUGCAGCCAUUAAGUAGUUGAUUACUGUGUUGAUUUCAAUACUCAAGAAAGCUUUCAGAUAAAAAAUAAUAAUAAUAAAGGUUUACGUCACCAUGAUGAA